GAAAAAGAUUUUCUACGUCAAUAUUUUAAAUUUAAAUAAAAUGGCGCUUAAAUAAAUUCCAGUGUAUCGAACCGGUAUUAGUCACGUGACAUGCGCAAAGGAUUGUACGCAUAAGAACGAAUAAGAGAAGUCCUAUCGCCUGGAGCCGCGUUUUAUACCGUUACGCGCAGGUCAGAAAGAAAUUCCGUAAGAGCCUAUGUUUGAUGUAUAAAGCGUACCUUUGACCUAUACUAUGAACAGUGUUCACCGGUCAUCGGAUCGAGAACACGCUAAAAGUACUGUGUGUUUCGUUAAGAAAAUGCAUAAGCAUGCGGUCGACCUUAAUCGUACACACAAAAUCGCCUAUCUUCUCCUCGAAGAUGGUUCAGUCUUCCCGGGAAGACAUUUCGGCGCGGAGAGACCGGUCGAUGGUGAAAUAGUUUUCCAGACUGGUAUGGUGGGUUAUCUAGAGUCGCUUACAGAUCCUUCCUACCAUGCUCAAAUUCUAGUGCUCACGUAUCCACUGGUCGGUAAUUAUGGAGUAUUUGCCCAUGAAACGGAUGAACAUAAAAUCCCAUAUUGGUUCGAAUCGGAUCAAAUUUGGGCCGCUGGUUUGGUGGUCGGUGAAAUUUGCGAAACUCCGAGCCAUUGGCGUCAAAUCAAAACCCUGUCCGAAUGGAUGAAGGAACAAAAUAUUCCUGGCAUAUACGAAAUCGACACGAGAGCCUUGACAAAAAUUAUUCGCGAGAAAGGCACUCUGUUAGGUAGAAUCGUGCUCGAUCCGCCUUCGUCCAAUCCCAUCCCUCCGAUAAAAGAUCCGAACAAACGAAAUCUCGUCGCGGAAGUUGUUCAGUCCGCGCGAAGAACGUACAACGCCGCCGGUUAUCCUCGCAUAUGUGUGGUAGACUGCGGUUUAAAGUACAAUCAAUUGAGGUGCUUGAUUAGUCGAGGUGCCCGAUUAGACGUCGUGGCUUGGGACUACGAUUUAAAGAAUAUCGAUUACGACGGCUUGUUUCUCAGUAAUGGACCGGGCGAUCCGGCCAAAUGCGAGGCGACGAUCGACAACAUUCGAUCGAUCCUCGAAUCACGAACGGGGAAACCGAUAUUCGGCAUCUGCCUCGGUCAUCAAUUACUAUGCAUUGCCGCCGGUUGCGUCACGUACAAGAUGAAUUACGGAAAUCGCGGCCACAAUCAACCGGUUACGCAUCGUGGGACAGGUCGUUGCUACAUGACUAUGCAGAAUCAUGGAUUCGCCGUGGACGCGGGCCAAUUGCCAGCCGAUUGGGAACCACUUUUUACCAACACUAACGAUAACACGAACGAAGGUGUUAUACACACCACACUCCCUUACUUCUCCGUACAAUUCCAUCCCGAGCACUCGGCCGGGCCCCAAGAUUUGGAAUGCUUGUUCGAUGUUUUUCUGGACGUCGUGGUCGACAACGCGAAAGGGGGACGGCUCUCCGUCAAAGAGAGAUUGGAACGGGAAUUGAGCUUUCGCGGGGACGAGAAUUGUCCCAAAUUGUCCCCACGGCCGAAGAAGGUGUUGAUCUUGGGGUCGGGCGGCCUCAGCAUUGGACAAGCGGGCGAGUUCGAUUACUCGGGAUCGCAGGCGAUCAAAGCGUUGCGCGAGGAAUGCGUGCAAACGUUGCUCAUCAAUCCCAAUAUUGCGACCGUGCAAACGUCCAAAGGAAUGGCGGAUAAAGUUUAUUUUCUGCCCAUCAUACCCGAAUACGUGGAACAAGUGAUACAAUCGGAACGGCCGGAUGGUGUGCUGUUAACGUUCGGUGGGCAGACGGCUCUGAAUUGCGGCGUGGAGCUCGAGAAGAACGGGAUAUUCAAGAAGUACAACGUGAAAAUUUUAGGGACGCCGAUACAAUCGAUCAUAGAGACGGAGGAUAGAAAGAUUUUCGCGGAGCGUAUAGCGGAGAUCGACGAGAAGGUGGCGCCUAGCGCAGCCGUGUACUCGAUCCAGGAGGCGUUAGAGGCGGCCGAAAAAUUAGGAUAUCCCGUGAUGGCGAGGGCGGCAUUCUCCCUGGGCGGUUUGGGAUCAGGCUUCGCCAAUUCCGUGAAAGAAUUGCGAAAUCUUGCCCAACAGGCGUUCGCUCAUUCGAAUCAAUUGAUCAUCGAUAAGUCGUUAAAAGGUUGGAAGGAGGUGGAGUACGAGGUCGUGCGGGAUGCGUACGACAAUUGCAUCACAGUUUGCAAUAUGGAAAACGUCGAUCCCCUCGGGAUUCAUACCGGGGAAUCGAUCGUCGUCGCUCCAAGCCAAACCUUGUCCAACAAGGAAUACAAUAUGCUUCGAACGACAGCUAUUAACGUGAUCAGACACUUUGGCAUUGUCGGCGAGUGCAAUAUUCAAUACGCGCUGAAUCCAAAUACCGAGGAAUAUUACAUAAUCGAAGUAAACGCAAGAUUAUCUCGCAGCUCGGCUUUAGCAAGCAAAGCAACAGGAUAUCCAUUGGCUUACGUAGCCGCGAAGCUAGCUCUCGGUGUACGUUUACCGGAUAUUCACAAUUCCGUUACUGGAAAGACGACGGCUUGCUUCGAGCCUAGCCUCGAUUAUUGCGUUGUUAAGAUACCCAGAUGGGAUCUAGGCAAAUUUCAUCGGGUAUGCACCAAGAUCGGCAGCUCCAUGAAGAGCGUGGGGGAGGUUAUGGCGAUUGGCCGGAAAUUCGAGGAAGCUUUUCAAAAAGCUCUAAGGAUGGUCGACGAGAAUAUUAACGGUUUCGAUCCUUACGUGAAAACGCCGAACGACGAGGAACUGGAGAAACCGACGGACAAAAGAAUGUUCGUGCUCGCAGCCUCUAUAAAAGCUGGAUACACGAUCGACCGAUUGUACGAGCUUACGAAGAUAGAUAAAUGGUUUCUUCACAAGAUGAAAAACAUCAUCGACUAUUACUUGGUGUUGGAGAAUACCGAUCACACGAAACAAUUAUCCCACGAUGUCCUGCUACGUGCGAAGCAGAUUGGUUUCUCGGACAAGCAAAUUGCCUCCGUGGUUAAAAGUUCGGAAUUGGCCGUCAGGAUACAAAGGCAGGAGAAUAACAUAAGGCCGAUGGUUAAACAGAUAGACACGGUUGCCGCUGAGUGGCCAGCCACGACCAAUUACCUUUAUUUAACUUACAACGGCACCGUUCACGACGUCGAGUUUCCUGGCGGUUACACAAUGGUGAUAGGAUCCGGAGUGUAUCGAAUCGGUAGCUCCGUGGAAUUCGAUUGGUGCGCGGUCAGUUGUCUGCGAGAGUUGAGAAAUUUGGGGCGGAAAACGAUCAUGGUGAAUUACAAUCCGGAAACGGUGAGCACCGAUUACGACAUGAGCGAUCGCUUGUACUUUGAGGAGAUAUCGUUCGAGGUCGUGAUGGAUAUUUACGAUCACGAGUUCCCCGAGGGGAUAAUUUUAUCGAUGGGCGGUCAAUUGCCCAACAAUAUCGCCAUGGAUCUUCACAGACAGCAAGCAAGAAUUCUCGGCACCUCGCCGGAAUCCGUGGACGGGGCCGAGAAUCGUUUCAAGUUUUCUCGUAUGCUGGAUGGCAUUGGUAUUUCCCAACCCAGGUGGAAAGAAUUGACCAACUUGAAAUCUGCGAUCGAAUUUUGCGAGGAAGUCGGCUACCCCUGCUUGGUACGCCCUUCCUACGUGCUGAGCGGUGCAGCGAUGAACGUGGCCCACUCGAACAACGACCUCGAGUCGUACUUGAAGAGCGCGAGCGAGGUGAACAAGGAGCACCCGGUCGUCAUAUCCAAGUUCAUCCUCGAGGCGAAGGAGAUAGACGUGGACGCGGUCGCCUUCGACGGGAUUAUACUUUGCAUGGCCGUGUCGGAACACGUGGAGAACGCGGGCGUUCAUUCGGGCGACGCCACCCUGGUCACCCCCCCGCAGGACAUCAACGCGGAAACGUUGACGAAAAUCAAAAUGAUGUCGAAGGCAAUCGCCGCAUCCCUCGGCGUCACCGGCCCCUUCAACAUGCAAUUGAUCGCCAAGGACAACGAGCUUAAAGUCAUCGAAUGUAACGUCCGGGUGUCGAGGUCUUUCCCCUUUGUAUCCAAGACUUUGGAUCACGAUUUCGUGGCUAUGGCCACUAGAUUGAUCGUCGGGGAGGCCGUGGAACCGGUGGAUGUACUCGCCGGAUGCGGCAAAGUCGGGGUUAAAGUUCCACAAUUCUCCUUCUCUCGUCUUGCAGGGGCUGACGUGAUGUUGGGAGUGGAGAUGGUGUCCACGGGGGAGGUAGCUUGUUUCGGGGACAAUCGAUACGAAGCUUACUUGAAAGGGAUAAUGAGCACCGGUUUUCACAUACCCCAGAGAGGAAUCUUGCUUUCGAUAGGAAGUUUCAAACACAAGAUGGAACUGUUACCAUCUAUUCGCAGUCUUCAUAAGAUGGGUUAUAAAUUAUACGCUAGUAUGGGUACCGCAGAUUUCUAUACUGAACACGGUGUGAAGGUAGAGCCUGUGCAAUGGACGUUCGAGAACAUCAGCGUGAACGAGGAUUCGAGCCCUAGCGAACUUCGACACUUGGCCGACUUUCUGUCGAAGAAACAAUUCGAUCUUGUGAUUAAUUUACCAAUGAGGAACGGCGGUGCGCGCCGGGUUUCCAAUUUCAUGACGCACGGAUACCGCACGAGGAGGCUCGCCGUCGAUUAUUCCGUUCCUUUGAUCACGGAUGUUAAAUGUGCUAAAUUGCUCGUUGAAGCUAUGAGAAUGCUCGGCGGACGUGCACCUCGAAUGAAAACUCACACGGAUUGUAUGUCAUCGCGGACGAUGAUUAAACUUCCCGGCUUGAUCGAUAUUCACGUGCACACGCGUGAUCCAGGCGCAGUGUACAAAGAAGAUUUCGCUUCUUGCACGGCCGCCGCACUCGCCGGAGGUAUCACCAUGAUCUUUGCCAUGCCCAACACGAAUCCCGCUGUCGUCGAUCAUCAAUCGUUCGCUCUGGCCAAAGAACGCGCCCUUUCGAACGCGAGAUGCGAUUACGCAAUUUACGUCGGCGCCUCGUCCGACAAUCAUAACAUAACGGCCGAAUUAGCCCCGUUGGCGGCCGGUCUUAAAAUGUAUCUCAACGAGACUUUCACGACACUCCGAUUGUCCGAUCUCACCGUGUGGAUCAAGCACUUCCAAAGUUGGCCAAAGAAGUAUCCCUUGUGCGUGCACGCCGAGGGCCAGACAACCGCCGCGAUUCUGUUGCUGGCCGGGUUGCAUAACAGGCCUAUCCACGUGUGCCAUGUAGCACGAAAGGAAGAGAUUCAAAUAAUACGCGCGGCUAAGGAGAAGGGAAUGGCAGUCACUUGCGAGGUGUGCCCCCAUCAUUUGUUCCUGUGCGUGGACGAUCUCGAACGUAUAGGACAUGGCCGAGGCCAAGUGAGGCCAUUGUUGGGAACGAAGGAGGAUCAACAAGCUCUUUGGAAUAAUUUAAAUAUAAUCGAUUGCUUCGCCACGGAUCAUGCACCCCACACGUUGCAAGAGAAAUCGAGCGAGAAACCACCGCCCGGAUUCCCAGGCCUCGAAACUAUGCUCCCGCUUCUAUUGACUGCGGUACACGAAGGGAAAUUAACGAUAGAAGAUAUUAUAGACAAACUCUAUAGAAAUCCGAAAAAGAUAUUUAACGUGCCAGAUCAAUCGAACACGUACAUCGAGGUGGAUCUCGACGAUGAGUGGACGAUUCCGGAGGCGAUGCCUUUCAGCAAAUCAAAAUGGACCCCUUUCGCGGGGAUGAAAGUUCGAGGUUCUGUUCAUCGCGUAGUGCUGAGAGGGGAGGUCGCCUACGUCGAGGGGCAAGUUCUUGUAAAUCCUGGCUUCGGCCAGGAUAUUAGAGAGAUUCAAUCGAAGAUGAAAGUUCAGACAAUUGUGAACGCGCCCGUGAUCGACGUAACCACCAGUCGACCAAAUUCGGCGUUGGACGGCCUUUUGUCGCCCAACUACGAAAAGUACAACAAUUACAUCGAGCGGAUAACUGAUAUGUCGGAAGAGGAUCAAAACGGUAUGAAAAUUCUUCUGGAACAAAUAAUUUCUCUCUCUUUGUUAAAAAUAACCAGUUUGUUUAUUCUUGCAGAAUCGUACGCGCACAAAUCGAACGUUCACUUCGCGUUGGACGUAGACACGCGCGAACAAUCGAAACUUUUAACGAGCCAGCAACGCACAAUCUCGCCCCUUCCCAUCAGCAGCGCGACGAAAUACAAAAGCGACAGCAACCCGAAUCUCCUGUUGACCGCCCCGGUGCCGCCGAUCACAUCGGCCCACGUUUGCCACAAUCUAGUCGGGCACAACAUCCUGACGGUGGACAUUUUCAACAAGGACAUGUUAAAAGAUAUAUUUAACCUCGCGGAGAUCCUUCGCAGCGCUGUCAGAAAGGAACGACUGUUGGAUCAUAUUUUGCGAGGGAAAUUAUUAGCUACGAUCUUCUACGAGGUUAGCACGAGGACGUCUUGCAGUUUCGCGGCUGCUAUGCAACGACUCGGAGGAAGCGUGAUAUACAUGGACGGUACAACGUCGUCGGUAAAGAAGGGAGAAACUUUGGAAGAUUCUGUAAUAAUGAUGGCCGGAUACGCGGAUGUAGUGGUGCUUCGACAUCCAGAGUCUACCGCCAUUGCGAGAGCCGCCCAACACUGCAGAAAACCUUUGCUGAACGCCGGCGACGGUAUUGGGGAACACCCCACUCAAGCGUUGCUCGACAUUUUCACGAUAAGAGACGAGAUCGGGACGGUGAAUGGGUUGACGAUCACCAUGGUCGGCGACUUGAAGCAUGGUAGAACGGUCCAUUCUCUCGCAAGAUUAUUGACACUGUACAACGUUGAACUUCGUUACGUGUGCCCGGCCGGCCUUGGUAUGCCCGACCAUGUCGUCAAGUACGUGUCCGAUCACGGGAUACGCCAGGACAAUUUUGCCACGCUCGAAGAAGCUCUUCCCGACACCGAUGUUCUUUACAUGACACGCAUUCAAGAAGAACGUUUCGCCUCCCAAGAGGAGUACAAAAAAGUUUGCGGACAUUUUAUAAUAACUCCACAGUUGAUGUCACGCGCGAAAAGGAAAAUGGUGGUGAUGCAUCCGUUGCCACGAGUAUUCGAGAUCAGUACAGAGUUCGACAUGGAUCCGCGUGCUGCUUACUUUCGACAAGCCGAGAACGGUGUCUACGUUCGAAUGGCACUUUUGGCGAUGGUUCUUGGACGCGCGUGACGUUAUUAAGGAAAAUAAGGAAAAUAAUAUUUUCGAUCGAGAUCAAGAUUAGCUUGAUCUUUUUUUAAGUUUGUGUUAUCAAUAACUUAAUAUUAAAAAAAAAGACAAAAUAAUUCCAAUUGCAUUUCCAAUUAACUGAGAGAUAACGACGAAAUUUUACUGUUGAUCAAAGGAAUAAAUAUAUAAAUGUCAUAAAUGACAUGUUCAAAAAUAGAAAUAGAAUAACGAAAACGAUAAGGAAAAAAAGUAUUUCGGCCGACGGCGACGAGUCAAAAUAUUAUAUUCGUCCAAAUUAUAAUGGGAAAAAAAAGAGAAACAUCAUUAUUAUUAAUGCCUGCGUAAUUUGAUAAGAGUAUAUUUUGAUAAUUUUUUAUCUUUAUGUAAUAUAUUUACAAAAAGAAUGAAAAAUUUAUCACCGAUUCCCCCGUUUCCAUGCAAUUAUUGUACACCGAUGGAUGAGAAAAACCUUAUAUUUUGUAAUAAAAAAUCUUUUAUUUUUGACAAUACA